UGAAUUAAUUCAUCUCACUGCAUUUCAAAAUCACUGCUAUUGGCAUCCUAAUCUUUCGGCACUUUGAUACCAGUUCUACGACACUCUCUGCUCCGAUUUGCGAAAAGCUUUCCAAUCCCAUAAGACCGGCAGCUUUCUCCCUUCUCUUCACGCACAAACAGCACGUGGCCGACACCUUUUCACUGCUUUGGAGUGAAUCGAAUUUCUUACAAUACGGACACCUCGCUCCUUCUCAUAAAACUCGUCCACGCUUGCCUUACGACAGUCCCUAACAUUCUCGCCCUCGCAUCCUUCUCCAUCUCUAGACUGAUCCUCCACCAUGGCAGCUGAAACUAUUGGCACAAAUGGCCUCUAUGGAACAAACCAAUAUACUCAGCCAGCCGAGCUUGCUGCAUCUGCUCCAUCUGCGCCAAACCAUACCUCUACUGCCUCCCACAGUACGACCACUUCUACCAAUCCUCAGAAGGCAGAUCCGCAAGAGAUCGGUUGGUAUUUCGUUGAGCAGUAUUACACUACACUGUCGAAGAGCCCGGAAAAAAUACAUCUGUUUUACUCGAAGAAAUCACAGCUGGUUACUGGCGUUGAAGCCGAAAAAGUUGUUCCUGCUGUAGGCACAAAGGCUAUCAGCGAAAAGAUCAAAGCACUCGAAUUCCAAGAUUGCAAAGUCCGUGUCCUCAACGUCGAUUCUCAGUCCUCGUUCAACAACAUAGUGGUCCAGGUCAUCGGAGAAAUGUCAAACAAAUCUGAACCUCACCAUAAGUUCGUCCAGACCUUCAUCCUCGCCGAGCAACCGAACGGGUACUUCGUCCUGAAUGACAUUUUCCGCUACCUGAGCAACGAUGACGACGAGAUUGUAGAGGAUGAGCAGCCACAGCCGGAGGUUCCAGUUGAAGAGCCACCGACACCUGCCGCAGGUAUUCCAGCUGCUGAGAGCAACCAAGAGGAGACAGUCGUCACCGAAGCCGCAGCCGAGGCAGUUGACGAGAAGCUGGAAGAAGACAAGCAAGAAGAAGCUCAGACUGCUGCAACCGAGGUCAAUGGUGCUCUGGUUCCUGAUGCCACUGGAGAGACGACUGAGAAGUCUGAGAGUUACGAAGCUAUUGCAGACGUCUCGGCGGAAGACAAGGCAGCAAGCGCUACCACAGAGCAGGCCGCUUCCAUCGAGGCGAGUCAGCCUGAAACAACUGCCGAAGCUGCACCCUCUACUUCUGUCGAAGCACCACCAGCCAAGAAGACUUGGGCCAGCAUGCUUGGUGGUGGCGCGAAAGCACCAGCAAUUCCAGCUUUGCCUGUGACCACGCCCACAACUCAGCUAAAGGCAGCCCGCGCUUCACAGUCCGUCCAAGCAUCAAAGGCAUCAGCCGAACCUGCGCCAGCGGCCAAUACCACCUCGAGCACUCCCACCUCACAGAGCAAUGGCUGGCAAACUGCUGACCACGGCAAGAAAGGACGACCACAGAACAAAGCUGCAUCUGAGGGCACAGUACUUGCUUAUAUUAAGAAUGUAAAUGAAAAGGUCGAUGCUCGUAUCUUACGAGAGGUCCUUGAGAACCAUGGUGAACUCAAAUAUUUUGAUGUCUCACGACCCAGAAAUUGCGCCUUUGUCGAAUUUGCUGAUCCUGCUGGUUACGCUGCAGCGGUUGCUGCUAACCCUCACACCGUCGGCAGUGAACAAAUCUAUGUUGAAGAGCGUCGCCCCCGUCCCAACGCCUACGGAGGUAGUAACGCCAACUACACCCGCGGUGGUAGCCAGACUGGGCGCGGUCGUGGAGGCAUGCAGGGCGGUCGGUCUGGCAGUCAAACCAACUUUCCUAAGGAUGCUGGCCGCGGAGGUCUCCAGCAGAGAGGCGGCAAGUCUGGCACGGUGACCCCAAAGGGACGUGGCCAGUCUCAGGCACCUUGAUCAACACAUGACUCUGCUGCGACACGAAGCAUGGGCCAAAACCUCUUUUAGGAGGCGUUUCUUUCCAUCUGAUUGAUUUGCACAGCGUUACAAAAGUGACGGGGUGAUUUUCAAUGCUUUCUGCAACGGCGCAUUCGAAAAGUUUUCCCGUUAUGUCUUCCUGGCAAGGUCAAGGCAUAGCGAGCUUCGGAUUAAUAGGCCGACUCGAUUCCGAUUUGUUUCAGACAUUGAUGGCACAUUUCUGCCCUGCAGCCGGAAUUUUUCAGCGAUGCACAGCAUCUUGGCUUCACCAUCGUCCUUUUUUUCUUCUUCAUCUUGGUCGUUUUCAGUCCCCUCAUGAGGAACCAUGCGGUCAGCGGCAUGGACUAUCCCGAUUGAUCAAAUGCAGUCAAAAAUGUCAGUGUCACUGGCUGCAUUGUAGCAACCAUCAGUUUCCUCGGAAAAAAUGUUCAUUCAGCUCAUGAGGAACAAUUCGGUCAGCGGCUUGGACAAUCCCGAAUGGCCUUAUGCAGUUCUUAGGACCACGGGAGUAGUGUAUCAUUUCAGCGAGGUCAUGUACUUUCUGUCUGCGGGUUUACUUCACCAGUUCUCGGACGACGACCUUAAGAAUAGGGAUGAUACUGUACAUUAGGCUUGAUUUUUAAUGAGACAACCCUG